AUGGCGCCCCACACCGCCGCCGCCCUAGCUGGCCACACCGCUGCCUCGCCUCAGCCUCUCGACCUUGGCUGCUGCUCCACCCCUCCACCAGAGGCCCUAGCCUCUUCCCCGGCUGCUGCUCCGCCCCCCUCCACUGAAGGCCCCCCUCCGCCGGACGCCCUCCCGCUGGAGGCCCCGACCUCUUGCCCGGCCACUGCUCUGCCCCCCUCCACCGUCGCCCUCCCUACGGGGGGCCCUUUCCCUCACCCCUCUCCUAGCCCAGCUCUGGCCGCUCGUACUCUCCCGCUGCACCCGUGGCCGCGGCGUCAUCUCCGGUCACACGCUGCGCCCGCGCCCCUCUUCCGACCCUGGCCCCGUGAUAAUCGACGUCGGAGAGGUUGGCCCCUGAUCGUUCCUCCGCUGGUUAACUACUUCCUCUACAGCCAAGGGUUUACACAAAGAGGGAGAAUGCCAGCAGCUGCAAUUCUGGACCUGAAAAAGCUACGUCAGAGUUACCUAUUCUGCACAUCUUCAAAUGAGCUGAAAAUUUACGGAGAAUUGUUUUCGAAUAUAUGGAAAAUACUGGAGCAAAUAACUACCGGAGGGGGCCACCCUGGUGAGCACAAGACACCAGGGUGCGCCUGGGCCCCCAGGCGCGCCCUGGGGGUUGUGCCCUCCUCGGCCCGACUACGGUACCCAUCUUGUGGUAUAUAAAUCAUUUUGAGCUAGAAAAAAAAUAAGAGGGGGACUUUCGGGACGGAGCGCUGCCGUCUCAAGAGGAACUUGGGCAGGAGCACUUUUGACCUCCGCCGGGG